UCUCAUAUUUUGUUUCCUCAAUUUUGUAUAUAUAAUAAGAAAAUUAAGACAAGAUGAUAUGUUUAACAAAGAAGAAACUUCCUCGAUUAAGGGUGACUGUGGUGCGAUUGUGAUGGUACAUACGACGAAUUGCGUCCAGACCGUACACGAGUACGGCGCUGAAGAUCUCUUUGAAGCAUAUGUGUCUUUAUUCGUGAUGACGAUAACGAUGAAAAGAUCAAUAAUAAUAAUAACAUAAAAAUGAUGGUGAUGUAUAUCUUCUCUCAAAAGAAUUGAUGUUUCCAUCAUGCAUAGAGGCACAACUAGAAAAGUUGACCCAGCAGCCAUGUCUAUUGCUAUGAUGAUUGAGUGACUGGGAUCAUACUCCGGGAUGACGGUGAUCUGACGGUGGAUGGUACAACCAAAGUGACCUGUCCAUCUUGCGUUACAAAAAAAUGGCUGAAGGUUGCAUGUUUCAGCCGAAAUUGUUCGAAGAUCAUAUGUUAUAGACACUGCUAGGGGAAAGAAUUAAACAAAAAUGUCACUAGUGUAUAAGUUUGUCCAAAAAUAAUUUUGUCAAAUGAUGUUAGCAGCUACCAAAAGUACUCAACUAUAUAAUCAACAGAGAUCAUCAUGACGAUGGUCAGUGAAUAUAUUAAUUAGGUGUGUUUAUUUUAAUCUAAGAAACAUGGUAUCUAUUACAUCUAUCUGAGUAUAACUUCAUUUUUAUAAAAAGAAAAAUAUAGUUGUUUUAGUUUACAAAAAAAAAAAAUAUAGUUGUUUCAUAACAUAUAUACGUGUUUCUACGCUUAUGAGUCAUGAUAACAGCUGCUAUUAAACUUAACAACAAUGUAGGAGCAACAUUUUCAACAAUUUAUUUUAAAUCUCUGAAAAGAACUUCCUAAAAAGAAUUUACUAGUUGUAGGUAUAACUUUCACGUUAGAUAAAUUUACUAAAUAUUUUGACAAUUUGUUUAUAUUAAAUUGAACUGUAAAUAGAUAGCAAAUACCGUUACGAAAUCUAUUAUUAUAUUUAUAAACUAUAAAUGACUAAAUGCGCAAGAGAUUUUCUCAUUGAGUUCUAAAAACAAGAGUUUGUCUGUAUUUGUUUGUUUACUUUGUCGAGUUUUUACCUUUGUAUCUUUUAUUAGUUCUUUUUAAAAAUAAUAUUUUAACAAGUUCACGUCUAUCUGAGGAUUAAAUUUGGCUUUUUCAACACUAAAAGGGUAUUAAUUAGUUUGAUUUUAUAACUCCACGCACGAACGAUUUGGAUCCACGAAUCCAACUUUAUCAGUUUAUCUCUUAUUAAUACUUCUUUUAAUUUAUUUUCGAGCUAUCAAAAAGUAAUUAUUUUAUGCUGACGUAGAAGUUCAAACAGUAUUCAAAUUUAGUUGUUAAUGUUUUGGACCUUUUGGUCACUCAUAUUUUAAUGUUUUUACUUUUAAUUGAUAAGAAAAUGCAAGCCUUGAAGGCAACUAGAGAUGCACCGCUUCAGUCAUUAAGGGGUGAUUUAAUGUAAUAAUGUAUCCUAACUUCACAUAAUUUUUACAACUCCAUUUUAAAUACACAGACUGUAUAUUGUUAGCAAAAAAAAAACCAUGUAUUUUAUAUUUAUAUCAUCGUAUCUGACCUGAACGUCUUUAUAUGCAAAUGCUAGUGCAUUUAGGGUUUCUUAAAGUUUUGCAUAUUACAGAAAGGAAUUCCUUACACAAACCAAAAGGGUGCUCUGGCUACUUGAGUGAUCGGUCCUUCCCAUAAGUAAUUGACCUUCUGAUGACUCUCAUCUCUUAAGACAUGAGCUUUGUCUUUAAAAGGAGCUAUCGCUCUCAAUCAUGGAGUAACGGCUUCUCCGCGCAAUUAUAAAUUAAUGUUUUAAGGAACAGUAUUUUGCAUAUUUCAAGAGCCAUAAACUAGUAAGUUAGCUUGGCUUGUAAGAACAAAGCAUACAAAAUUUUACGGGAUUUUCGAGAUCAAAAUGAAUGAUCUUGAGUACAUCUUGGCUCGAUAAUAGUUUCAAUAAUCCUCUGAUCAACUUUAAUUCAGAGGAGAUAAAAAAAAAUUGUAACUCAAAGGAGAUAAUUCUGAUGAAGAUGAUCAAGAUGAAUUAUCUCCUCUUAUCAACUUGGUUCUAUAAAAGAGAAUUAAACAUGGGUAAAUUUACUAGAAAACAAUGAAUUAGUCAGCUUCAUCAAAAGGUGUUAAAAAUCAUCUUCAUCAGGAUUAAGGUGUUCUUUAAGAAGAACAAGCAUCACUCUUUUCAUACUUCAUUUCGAUCUGACUUUUUGCUAGAUACUCCAAAGUUCCAAACCACCUUAAUUACCAUGUAAACCAUUAGUGAAGCUUAGACCAUCUACAUACAGGCUGUCUACAUAUUGCUUAACAUUCAACGACAGCAACGACGAUCCAUGUUGUUGUUUUCAUAUUAUUCAAACAUUUUUAAAUCGAUUUUAUUUAUUUAAAAUUGCUAUAGUUCUUUUGUUAUGAUGUUUUUCCAUAUAUGUCGAGUUCACCAGCUCCUGCAUAUAUAUUAUAAAUAUCAAGACUUUCAAGUUUCAAUCCCACCUGGAAUUAUAAUAAUAUUUUGGUUGACCUCACAAUAACAAAAAGAAAAAGAACAUGGACCACAUAUUGGGAAGAAUCAUGAAAAGCUGUUCCUUGAAUUUAAAUAAUUUAAUAUUUAUAUUUUGAUAUAAUCUAAUUUCGUAACUUUAUCCUAAAAAUGACUAUGCAGUAAGUGUUUUUGUGUUUUCGAUAAGGUAGGAGACUUAGUUAGUAUAUCCGUAACUUAGUUCGAAUUAGUAAUAUCAUAAAAAAUAUAGCAUUGAAAUUGUCCUAAAUGAUGUUGUUUAUUUGUUUAUCCAUAAAAAGUCAAAAGAAUAUUAAAACCUUUUUAAAUUAGAUUACGUGGCAAGUUGAGUUUCAAUAAGUACAACCGCGCGCAUGUCUUUCCAAUUUGUAUUACCGUUUCUAUUUUGCGUUUUUAUCUGUUAAAUGGCCGAAGAAGACUCUUCCGACUCCAUCAUCGUCAACGUCGACGGAGAUGACAACAAAUCAGCGUUAUUCGGCAAGUACGACAUCAAGAAGCAUCUCGGCAGCGGCGCGUUUGCCAAAGUCUACGAAGCGGAGGAUCUCCACAACAAGGGCCAAAGCGUUGCGAUCAAAGUCGUCCAAAAGAAGCGUUUAAAAGACGGUCUCACGGCGCACGUCAAGCGAGAGAUCUCCGUCAUGCGCCGCCUCCGCCACCCUCACAUCGUCCUCCUCUCCGAAGUCCUCGCCACCAAGACGAAGAUCUACUUCGUCAUGGAGCUAGCCCAGGGCGGCGAGCUCUUCUCCAGAGUCUCGAGCAACCGCUUCACGGAGAGUCUCAGCCGGAAGUAUUUCCGCCAGCUGAUCUCCGCCGUGAGGUACUGCCACGCGAGAGGCGUUUUCCACCGCGAUUUGAAACCGGAGAAUCUCCUCCUCGACGAGAAGCGAGACCUCAAGGUUUCGGACUUCGGUCUGAGCGCGAUGAAGGAGCAGAUCAAAGCCGAUGGGAUGCUCCAUACUCUCUGUGGAACUCCGGCGUACGUGGCGCCAGAGCUUCUCACGAAGAAAGGCUACGACGGAUCCAAGGCGGAUAUAUGGUCAUGCGGCGUCGUUUUGUUUCUUCUAAACGCCGGUUACUUGCCCUUUAGAGAUCCCAACAUCUCCGGAUUGUACCGGAAAAUCCGCAUGGCGCAAUACAGAAUGCCGGAGUGGACUUCUUCCGGUCUCCGACACCUCCUCAGCCGCCUCUUGGAGCCAGAUCCGGAGAAACGGAUCACCGUUGAGGAGAUUCUAAAGGAUCCAUGGUUCAACCACGGGGUAGAUCCGAGUGAGAUGAUUGGUAUCCAAGCAGACGAUUACGACCUUGAAGAAAGCGGGAAGAAACUAAACGCCUUCGAGUUGAUUGCGUCUUCAUCUACGGCGAACCUCGCAGGUUUGUUCGGAAACUUUGUGACGCCGGAUCAUUGUGAUCAGUUUGUCUCCGAUGAGAAUCCAGCGGAGAUUAUGGUUAAGGUUGUGGAGGUUGCGAAGAAGAUGAAUCUUAGGAUUGCGAAGAAGAAGGAGAGAGCGGUGAAGCUGGAAGGGCCACAAGGAGUAGCUAAUAUCGUAGUUAAGAUUCGGAGACUAACGGAUGAGUUAGUGAUGGUGGAGAUGAAGAACAAGCAAAGAGACGUUGGAAUAGUUUGGGCUGAUGAGCUUAGGCAAAAGCUACGUCGUUUGAUUAACCAACCGGUUAAUAGAGUUCCUGAUAAACCGUAAAAAUGGUUAUUAUACAAAACCAAUAUACUCGGAUUUUUCGACAUAUUCCACUCGUGAGGUUUAACAGUUGAAAAAGAGACUCAGUUUUAAUUUUUUUAAUUCAUUGAGGAUUCGAGAAGCAUUAUGGUGAACCGGUUCGGUUUGCAUUGGAGCAGAGAUAGUAAUCUCGUUGUACAUAAAAACAAAAGAAAAAAGGAGACUACGAACCAGGAUUCAAUUUUUAGUUUUUUUGGGAGUAUAAUUAAACACAAAAGACUAAAUUAUUUGCUUUAUUCAAAUUGGAGAGAAAUUGAAUAAAGACUCUGGUUUGGAAUAUGGAGUCUUUUUGGUGUAUGUGUGUGAUUGUGUAUGUGUUUUGGAAACUUGAGUCCUUGUUUUUGCCAAGGGAGAAGCCAACAGUUUGUAAUAUUUAUCAUUGUUGAUUGUCUUUGGGAAUAUGAAAAAUCUUUUGGGUAUGUUUUUUUGUAUAGUAUUAUUUUAAGCUAUGAAAGUCUCUUUGCAACAUUAAAUUAUCUUAUAAGAGUACUAAAUCAUUCACAGACAAAAUAUUCAAUAUUUUUUUUUCAAUUGAAAACCCAUUGGCUUGAAGAAAUGCAUAAUGGUGGUGGUCAAUGCAAUUUUUGAUAAAGUUUUUCCGUUUGGUGAGUUCUAAAGAUUUUAAAUUUGUCAAUGUUAAUAUCUAAGUCCUAACACAACAUAGUGAAAGACUACAAACAAGUUAAGGAAACAUAUUUUGUAGUGUUGAUCAGUUUCAUUAUUUGAGCUUUAUCUUGAUCAAUCAUGUCAUACAUGUGUGGUAUACUUAGUCAAGAUCUCAGUAUCUAACCACAACAAGAGGCUAAUUCAUCAUUUAAUCACUUAAAACUAUAAACUUGACUCGUUUUCUGUUGAACUAUUAUUGUACAUGAUAAGUGGAAACCUAGACCAUCUGUUAUGAGUUUGGAACUAACUAAUCUCUUCCUAUAAAACCAUAAAUAGACACAUUUUUUGGGAUACUUUAGUAUAUUUGAAAAGCAAAAACAAAAAAAAUAUUUAAUGGAAAAUAUUUUUGUCCACUUAACACUUUUUGGUUAGUUUUUCUUGAAGCAGAAAAUUUUAGAAAAUCGAAAUGUAAAAGAGAAGAUGAGGAACCCAAUGACUCUCCAAACCAAGUAGACGUUUUUGUUAUUAUUUGGAAUCCUAAAUUCCAAAUUGUAAAAUCGAUGUCUUAUGGAUGAUCAAAAGUUAGUAAUCUUGGGUGGAAUCAUAGGAAUAAAAUGAGUUUUAUUGUUUGGACUUCAAAAUUGUUGUAGGAAAAAUUAUGUUGAGAGCGUUGUGUUUAAAUAAGAUGCAUAUUCCUCAAUCCAAAUCGAGAUUUGCUGGAUUUGAUUUAAAAUUUGACGGAUUAACACUCUUUUGAAAGUUAGUUUAUUUUAGUAUUUUGCAUAAUUGUUUUGGGAUGUUUAACAUAGUUCAUACCUAUAGCCUAUAGGAUUGGAAAAUAUGUACAGAUUUCCUAUAUAAGGAAGCUGGAGAACAAGGUGUGUUAUAUUUUCUUGUAAAUCAGACAAAGUCAGAUUUCCGUAAAACAGUUUUACUAUCAACCAAAUUUAAUUUAAUAAAAUGGAUAGUAAGAAAAUUGUUUUUGUGUCAAUAGCAAAGUGUAACAAAACCUAUAUGUAGUUGAUUCUGCGAAUAACCAAAAGAGAGAUUUUUCUCUGAAAUUUCAAGUUUGAUCAAAGCCAUAAUCAAAAAGGAAAGGAAAUUUAGCAGAAAAGGAUGAUAAUCUCUUUACAAGCAAGUUCUAAAUAAUUAUAUCAGUCCAGCCAAUAAGAGCCACAGGCUUCGCUGUCUGUUAAUCAACAAAAUGCACGCCACGUGUAACUUCCAAGCAUUGGUUAACAACUUAAUCACAGUCAUUUACCUUAAUCACUCCCGCCAUCACGCGUUUUCCUCACUUAACUACGUUCCAAAACCCGAAUUAAGAGUUCCUUAUCCUCCCCGAUUCUUCACACAUAACCGAUUCCAAUCAAUCACAGCUUCGAGAUCAAACCGGCAUGUCGACGAAUCCCGAUAACCAGAAACCGGUCGAACCUUCCGACGUCGAGGCUGCUGCGCCAACGACGUUUUCCGCGAUUACUCAGAGAUGGAAAAGAGAGGACACGAUAAAGAAAGCAUCUCCGAUCACGAGAGGACUAGCUCUUAUCUUCUCCAUCCUCGCCUUCGUAAUCAUGGUCUCUAACAAACACGGACCCGGUCGAAACUUCGACGAGUACGAAGAGUACAGAUACGUGGUGGCCAUCGCGAUUCUCGCAACGUUAUACACUGCGUGGCAAACGUUUGUACAUCUCUCGAAAAGAGACUUCUUUGAUCGCCGGACAUCAAUAUUUGUCGAUUUCUCCGGCGACCAGGUUCAGAGAAGGUCAAGAUAACAUUUUCACUGAUUCUGCUGCUUCAGCUAUCACCAUGGCUGUACUCGCCUUUGUGUCUUUAGCUCUCUCUGCUCUCUUCUCUGGUUACAAACUCUCUACUACUCAUUCUUUUGUCUGAAUUUGCUUAAGCCUCUCCCUUUGCUUCAGUCCUUUGUUUAUAUGGUGUUGGUCUCUGUGAUAAGUGUAAAUGUCAUUCUUUUAUGUGAGUGAGCGUCUCUGUGACUCUCUGUAUGUGUUUUGGUAAAAUUGUAUUCAAAUCAAUGGAAUGAACUUGUUAUAAGAUUGUAAAUUCAUGUAAAAAGUGAUUGGUUUUAUUCCAUUUUUCUAGUUGUAUGGUACAGAAGAAAACUAAAGAUAGUAUAACAUUACAGGCGUGUGAAAGCUCGCUCUCGCAUGAGCCAUUU